AUGUCACUGCCGACGGGGAGUAUUGGCACGUGGGAAGAGAUGACUGAGAGGUUUCUUGCAAAGUUUUUCCCACCAUCUAAGGCAUCCCAGUUGCGAAGUGAGAUUGGAUCUUUCCACCAAAAUGACUUUGAGCCGUUGUAUGAAGCUUGGGAACGGUUCAAGGACUUGCUCAGAAAAUGCCCUCAACAUGGGUAUGAUGAGUGGAUGCUGAUUGACAGGUUCUAUAAUGGGUUGAAUGGCCAAUCGAGGACUAUUGUUGAUAGCACUGCAGGUGGAUCAUUGAUGGCAAAGUCUAUUCUAGAGGCCUACAAUUUGCUUGAAGAAAUGUCUACCAACAGCUAUCAAUGGCCUUCAGAGCGUUCAAUACCGAAGAAAACUGCUGGUAUUCACGAGGUGGAUCCGUUAACUUCUUUGUCAGCACAGGUUUCAGCUUUGUCAAAUCAGAUUGCAGCAUUGACUAACAGAGAAGCGUCAUCUAGCAGAGAGGCAGUGGCAGGUGCCAGUACACUUUUUGCACAUGAUGAGUACACUCAGGAGCAGGUUCAGUUUGUGAACAACAGGAACUUUAACUAUAGGCCCAAUCAAUUGCCCAACCACUAUCAUCCUGGCUUGAGGAACCAUGAGAAUUUCUCUUAUGCCAACAAUAGGAAUAUUUUGCAACCUCCUCCGGGUUUCAACCAACAAGAGGUGGAAAAGAAACCUUCUAUGGAAGAUUUAUUGAGUACCUUCAUUGUUGAGACUAGAGGGAGGUUUAACAAGGAUGAGACUAGACUUGACAAUAUUGAGACACAUUGUAACAACAUGAAUGCAACCAUGAAGUCUCUUGAGGUGCAAAUCGGUCAACUAGCCAAUGCGGUUAAGGGGCAAUCAUCUGGCAAGUUCCCAAGUGAUACAGAGCCUAAUCCCAUGACCAUUGCAAGGCUAUCACCUUGA